AUGUCUUCCAGUAUCAUUCGUCUAGAAGACGGCAGAGAAGUAACGGCGCAAAUGGUGUUGCUGUGCGCUUGGCGAUCUGUCAAAGAGGUGUCACUAAUACUCAGCACAAUAGUGUCUCAAGUGCUGACCUACCCGGUGUUCGAACCCGCGUCCCCCGCGUGCCUGGAGCUGGUGCGAGGCGUCGGGGACAUGUUCAUCCAACUGCUGACUGAGACCAAACACAGAGGUGCCUUCGAGCAGGUGUACGUGGGCUUCACUAGACUCCUGUCUUCCCUGUGGCGGGCGUCAGUCACAGAAUUAAAUACGUUGCCAUCGAUGUGGCUGAAGGAGCUGAUGUGUACGAUAGAGCGCGGCGCCGGCGGCGAGCUGUGCGCCACGCGGCGCAGCGCCGGCCUGCCGUUCAUGAUACAGGCGUUAGUGAUAACGGAACUCCAAAUGAGACCAAAUUCCAAAAGUUUCGACUCGUGUAUGAGGCUACUGCUGCGGCUAGCGCGCGAGGCGCCCGCCGCCGCCGCGCGCUGCCACUGCCUCAACGUGCUGCGCGCCUUAUACCGCGACGCGCAGCUGCAGGCGGCGGCGGGCGCCCACGCGGCCGACGGCCUGCUGCUGGCCUUGAGGGGCUUCGAUGCCGAUACUUGGAUUGAGCGCAACUCCGCCACGCUGCUGUUCAGCGCGCUGGUGGUGCGCGUGUUCGGCGUGGCGCGCUGCCGCAUGACCGGCCGCGUCUUCUUCCUGCGCUACCCCGCGCUCUACGACUUCAUGCUCGACAAAUUGAAGGAAAUGAGUGAGAACAAUGAAGAGCAAACCCUGCGCCCUUCGCUAUAUCCCAUAUUGCUGCUGCUGGCACGACUCUAUCCUUCGUCUCUAGAAGGAACAGUUUCGAACUUGAAGCUGGCGGCGUUCGCGGCGCCGCUGUCGCGGGCCGCGCGCUGCGCCCAGCGCCGUGUGCGCCGCGCCGCCGCGCGCGCUCUCCAGACGCUCGUGGCGCGCGACCGGUGCGCGCAACCAACUACACUACUCUAUAGCACUCUACAUUACUCUAUAUACGUUUCACACAUAGAGAGUAUGUUCGAAAUAAUAUGUGACCAGAAUAUUAAAAAAAAUUAUUGUCAUGGGGUUAUACUGCAGCUUUUAAAAUUAUUCGAAACUAAACCAGAGAGUUUGGCCAUAGACCAGGAGUCGCACAGACGAUUGACAGAACUCAUCAAGCAGUCGAGUUGGGUUUUAGAGCAAGGUGUAGGGGAGAGGCCGUGCUACAUGCUCGCGGAUGAAUAUAUUAACAUGAUUAAUAUACUUGUAAUGAGGUUUAAAUCACUUGUAACAGAUGAUUUUUCAGACCACAUUGAAAAUGUUCUAAGUGACAUAAUUUUCAAAGAGAACAAAUUCCCAAUAAAUCCAGGGAAAGAACUGUGCCAGUCUAACGCUGUGUAUUUAAAGCUUAUAAUGUAUACAUACAAACAAAUCGAUACACACACGUUUGUAUACAAGUGCCUCUCGCAUCACAACUAUGACGUAGUCCUGUCAGCUUUGAACUAUUUACUCGUACUUUACAAAGAAAUUGACUUGGAAAACAACUUCCAACAACAUUUAAAUGAAAUUUGUAAUAAAAAUACGCUAGAAAAAUUCAAAAACGAUAAAAAAUAUAAAGAAGUAUUAUGUGAUGUAUUAAAAUCUAGAUAUUUGGAAUGCAAACAGAAAUCUUUGAAGCUGUUGACUUUAGAAGAUGGGAGUCAAAAAGAUAUAAUACGUGUGAAAUAUCAACUAUUAGAUGUAACCGAUGAGCUGGUUUUGAUGAAACUCAUCGAUUGCAUAGAGAACGAACACGAAAAUCAGGUUCAUUUGUAUUUGGGGAGUUUAUGCAGUUUCUUUAAUAGGAAAUUGCAAGCUAAUGAAAUAAAGGAUGGCGAUAUUUUGAAGGUUUUAAGGGUUAUUUUUGAAUGUAGUCUGUCUGGUAACAGCGAUGAGACGAGGACUGUGGUGGCUCAGUUCUUAGAGGACAAUUACAAUGUGCUUUUGAACUUACCUCUAACUGAACUAAAUGAGGAGGAACGAUUCGAGUACCUCGCAACUGUGUACGCAACAAUGGUCGCCGCUCUGGAAGACGACAACGAGAGCGUGCGGCGGCGCGCGGCUCGCGGCCGCGUGGUCGCGGCGGCGGCGCGCGGGCGCGUGGUCGCAGCCAUGGUCGCGGGCGCGGACGCCGCCAUGGUCUUGGCCGUGGUCGCGCUGCUAGACUUCCGCGCGGAGGUGUGCGUCACCGACGACAUCAGCGAUGAGAGCCGUGUUUUUGACCAAAAUGAGAAAUACAAUGUGUAUUUGGAAGAAACGAUAUGGACACGCGACUGCGCCGACGCCAUCAAGGAAAUACUAGCCGACACAGACGACAUCUGCCAAUAUUUAUAUAUUAACAUCAACCAAGAUAAAUAUAAGAAAACAUUCGAAAAAUUAUGCAACGACAACUUAACUUUAUAUAAAAAGUUGAUUAGAGGUGAAAAUAUGGAAAAAUUUGGUGACAUUAACCCUAAAAUAGAUAUAUUUGUAGAGAGAUUAAAACGA